CCACAAUUCUCUUGUCCUUUGCAUUGAUUCCCAUUUACGGCAGUUUGCUGUCUAUAAUAGCUAACUACGUCCAAGUGUCUUUGUGCCCUCGUGCCUAGCUCGACUAGAGAAAACAAUGACUUAAAUACACCACUCCACCCCCGAGAACGAACCAACAUCCCGUGGGUCGUUCCUUUUUUUUCGACCAAAGGACAGCGUGCAUCACAUUUGAUAUUCCCGGCCUUGACGUCCCUGCAGCCAUCAAUCCAAGUUUUAAACAUGUGCAUUAGCCAGGUGUUUACCAGAUCGCCCAACCCUAUAGAAGGGAACUCCGCAGUUCGGAACACACAAGCGCAGUAUCAACAAUUGGACGAAAAUCUAUAAUUCCGAGCCAUGCCUCCUCCAUCAAUUAGCAUAUGUAUAUGCGCUGGCCAUAGAUUCGCGGACCCUAAAUCACUUAAAAUGAACAGCCAAAACGAAAAAAAAAAACCGGUGUCUCUGCUGUGAAACAAAAAGGACCACAAAAAGGUUGCAUCCAUUCGCAUGCGUGAAAGAGGACAGCAUCAUCCAAUAAUCACACAGCUUUUUGGUGCAUGAAACAUGUUUUCUGCUCAAGACUAUAGCAGUCCUUCGAAGUAGGCUAAAGUAAGCAGCGCCUACAAGGGAAGAAGGGAAAUUAAAUUCGUUCUCCCACCAACCCCUGUCAGCUCAACGCGAGAAUGAGGAAUCUACAUGCACUAGGUAUGGUCCAGAAAUACCCGUUAUUAUUUACCGCUUACAAACUCAGCAGUCCAAAAUCUGUAGCAAGCAUAAUCCGUACAUAGAGUUGUCGAUUUUGUUGGCCCGUGGCGGAGAUACGGGUUGCAAAUCACAGAUCGUCGAGUGUAUUUUUGAAACAUGCCAUUUUUCAGCGAGUCAAAACACAUAGUAUGCCUUGGAAAAGCGGCGACCAUUUAUGUGUUUUGUGGGAUUCGUGGGAAGAAGUCUUGUGGAGAAAUAUGCCAACUUUGAUUGAUAUUCCUGAGCGUGCGCAAGAUACAAGAAUACAUAUGCUGCCCCAUACUGUGUUUUUCGGUGCAUAUUUCCAUGCAAUUGCCAUGCCUCGAGGUAAAUGUCCCCUGUGGAUGUACUGUACAUGUAGAUACCUACAGAUUAGUUAUUUUUAGAGAUCUGUUUGUUUCCCUCGCGGCCAAAAGGAACAGCCGUCCUGUAACCAACAACCCCGUUUCGUUCUUCUUUUCACAGGAUCGACCUUCUGUGGCGCAAACUUUAAGUUAAGGUGGCGUGUAUGAGCGCCACGAGCCACUCUUGGGAAAUUGUUUACCUAAGCAAACCUUUCAUUGCAAAGUCGCGGCAAGAAAGCUGCAACACUUCGCAUGCCCGCUACACGUUUGUUGGCUGCUUUGGCCGAAAGAGAAAACACCUCAUUCUUAGCGGUAGCUCCUAGAUAGCUAUUGGCGCAGUAGGAAUGGCCUAGUAGAGUAUUCCUCAACUCACACGUCGCUGCUCGAAGUGUCACCAUCAGCUCGGAGUCUCCUCUCUCUCCUAGCAUGUCAUCGCCCCGAUCGUAAAAGUGCCUGGGCAUAGCAUUCUUUCAUAGGAAGUUAUAUUCCACUGUCGUUAUAUCUCUAGACGCCCUGCACCUCCCAUUAAAACGUGCCGCGAUCCAUCGAACGGACUUGACUACCUACGAUACACACUCGCCUCCAAACACAACCAUGGCUACAGACGACUCACCAAUGACGGGCACUAGCACUAGCUCUGAUGAUGAGCCUAUCGAGACUCUUGUGGAGGGACGAGCCCGCCGAAGCACUGCGGGCAGAAACAUGGGUGCUCUCCUCGACGCAGAAGCCGACGACGAACUCGCCCUCCUUUUCGCGGAAGAUGAAGAUGAUGAGGAAUUCACGAGUGGUGAGGAAGAAGGAGCCUCGGGGGAGGAUGAACAAGGUGAAGGUGUCGAAGAUGAAGCCGAUGACAUGCAGCUCGAUUCUUCAUCUGAUGACGAAGAUGACCGGGGCCCUAACGAGCCGGGGGAUGAGUUGGAAGGCGAAAGGGAACUCGAAAGACAGGCUAGGGCAGAGCGGCUGGCAAGGAAGCGGAAGGAGCAUGACAGUAUGAUGAAGUUUCCAGCGUCGCGGAAGAGAGUGAAAAUUGGCCCGACCGCCGCUACGGAGUCGAUAACUGGUCCAACAACGCCUACACCGCGCCCGAAGAAGAAAUCAGAGCGGAUAUCGUGGCUGCCGACGCCGGAGGAUGGCCCGACACGAUCCUCAUCCAGACGGCAGACGAUGCAGAAUAAGGAGCUUACUCACGCGCGGUUGAAGGAUAGUGAGGAGAAGCGGGUGAGAUUGAUAGCGACGAUGGAGGAGGCGGCGAGGCGCAAGCAGAAGUUGAAGCCAAAGGUGAUGACACAGGAAGAGCGGUUGGCGGAGGCGGCAAAGACGGAGCGGCUGAAUAGCAAGAGUCUUAAUCGUUGGGAGGAGAUGGAAAGAAAGCGGAGUGAGGAGCAAAAGGCGAAAUUGGCCGCGUUGCAGAAUCGCAGGCUGUCAGGGGCCGUUACGACUUGGUGGAGCGGGCUUGCGAAGUGGAUUAAUGGGAAACUGGCACAGGUGGGGGCGAAGGAAGUUAAGCAAGCGCCGGACGUCGAGAGGAAGAGGAAAGGGGCCAAGGAUAGGGAUGAUUCGCCAAAGAGGGCGAAGUCCAUGAAGACGGAGAGAGUUGCGGAAGGGGCAGAUGAGAAAAAGAAAACUAUUCCACCAGGUCACGAUAAAAGUCCUGAUAAUCAGGCUGGGAAGACGGUAGUAGAGGGACAAACGCAGGAAACGAUGAAGGAUGCCCAACCGCAGGGUGUCAUUUUUGACCCGCCACAAGCUCCAGGGAGCUUCUUGGACGGGAUUCAUAUCUACGCUUCUAUGAAGGAUGAUGUACCCCAUGCCCCUGCAACGUCUAACCAGGCACCAUCAUCUAUGCCGGCACAACCAGCAUCAACACCAGCAUCUAUACCGUGUGCAGCUCAAGAACCUACCCCAUCAACAUCUACUACGGUACCUGAACAUCCUUCACAGGCAAAACACUCUCAAGCAACACCACUUGAAGAAACAGGAAUAUCGACUAAAACGACCCCAGAGUCUUGUGAACCAUCGCCGGAGGGAUCGGAACCCAUACUGCUGUCAGCGAAAACAGAGCAUCAACAGUCCCAAAAGUCGUUCCCGGACAUAGAAGUCCAGAAAACUGGAUCUGAAGGAAGCCCAGCGGCCGCCCCACCAUCACCGUCGUUAUCACAGCAGCCACGGGAUAAAAAGCCCGAAUCACCAGCUGUAGCCAUACACGUCGAUGAGAAUAAUAAAAAUCCCCAGGCCCAGCAGACACAGUCAAAAUCAACAUCAAUAUCACCGCCCACACAACCUCCGCUCACUCCCCAACAGGAACCUCAACUAGAAAAACCACCACCAGAACAGCCACAACCAGAAAAACAGCAGCCAGAACCACAGCCAGAACAACCACAACCAUCCAUACCUACCCCACCACCAACAAUCGAACACUCAUCCCGCAACCUACUAAUCCUCGAAAAUUUCGAAAACAAAACCCCACAAGAACGCGAAGAAUUUAACAUAUCUUCACAAAAGCAGAAGAAAAUAGUUUUAAAGUGA